ACCAAAUUGAACCAUUCACAAGUAAAUAAACACCAUACACAAAUUCCAUUCAUUUUUUAUUUUCAAAAUUGUCCUUUUAAUGUUUUAUUAAAUCUUAUUUAUAUAAUUAAUGGAUUAAUGAACUUUAAUUUUUAAUAUUUAUCAUUUUAUACUAUUUUAAUAUUAAUUUAUUAUUUUAAAGUUCAGUCCAUUAAUUUAAAAACAAUGAAGGACAUAUAUAGGUCAACUUAAAAUGAUAUUUUUAGAACACUCUGGAUUAAGCAGAAUAAACUCAAUAUUUCAAUGUUUGGAUGCUCCAGAUCGUUACUUCGACACCAAUUUUGAACUCGUUUCGUAUUCAAAGUCCGAUGAAAAUUUAAAACAUGAUCCUUCCGAAUUUUUAAACAAGGCCGUGGCACACGACUUUACCACCUAUUUCAAGGCCAUUUUAAACAAGUGCUUCCAAGAUUACGAUUUUAGUAACUUGGACGAAUCAUAUUUUAAGAAAGUUAACAACUUCGACACAGUCGUUAACACCAUUUACUACAACAUAUCGUUUGUGGUUUCACGGCGUUUCCCUAAUUUCGCAGAUGAGUUCUGGCAAACUAUUAGGGAUGUUGUUCACAUCAAGGAUGUUGAGAUAUAUACCUUCGACAGUUGUGGAGAGGAUGAUCCGUUUAACUCUGAGACUGCAAUCAACUCAUUUAAUUAUUUUUUCCUGGAUAAAAAACAGCAACGCAUCCUAUUCAUCUCAUGUGUAACAUGCACACGCUCGGAUGCCUUCGACAAGUCUGACUACACACCCUCAUUUCAACCUUCCAUAUAUUCAGAGAAUUUGAACGGUAAACCUGAAGAAGAUUGCCUUUCAGAUUACGACAUUCCUGAGACCAAUGUUUUUAAUUUAUAAUUUUUAACUGCAUAUCUGGCGCCUUCGCCAUUUUUAUUUAAAUUUAAAUUUUAAUAAUUUUUUAACAUUUUA